GCUAUGCAGGGGAAGGUGACAUGGUGCUGGGAUGGGAGGACCGUGAGCUUGGAGAUUCAGGGACACCAUUAUGCUGGGGGCUGCUGCAGCCUAGCCAAGCUGCUGGUUAACAGGUAACCAUCAAGUAACAGCACUAGGUAAGGGUGGUGCUUACAGCUUGACCCCUUAACAACUGACAUCCCUAGUAGAGAACCCGGGGGCAUUUGGUGCUAAGGGGUGAGCAGAACGUGAGGGGUCAAAGGCUGGUAUGUGUGGGAGGAAAGGAUGUUUGUGUGACACAUUCUCUGAGCUGGAAUCUGUUAAAAGUCUUGUUAUGUUCGGUAGUUGUCUGGUAGCUAGAUAUGGUGACAGGUGGAUUAGAUGUGUACAGGGAGAUUUAGUGAAAAAAUGAGUUAAUAUUUAUAAUAAUGUUAAUCCUGGGUGUUUGCAGGCUUUGUUGUGAGAUUUAGUGACAUGAAAAUUCUGAUAGUAGAGUUUAACAUGAGAAACUUUGUUGUUUCUUUUAUAGAGCAGGUUAGAGACAGACUACCUGCAUUUGGUGUACUGAAACCAUGGUGCACUUUUCUGUGUUGUGAGGCUUAUCCAGCGUUUCUCACUAUGUGACUGCUGGGCAAUUUAGAAAAGACAAAGGGAGAUUCUGAAAACAAAGCAUAUGUGGCUCAUGUUUGUAUAUGGAUGAGUAUCAGUAUUUCUUCUGCAGAGUCAAACCCUCAGGUUGCAAAAAUGUUUGGUGCGGCACAGUCAUCCAAAGCCCAGUUCCUCGAUAAAGCGCGUCAGGCCCGGGAGGAGCGAAGAGAACUGAAAGAAAGAGAGAGAGCCACCAUUCAGAUCCAAGCCCUGGUCAGGAGGUUUCUUUGUAGAUGCAGGCUGCAGCGGGAGAUCAGGAGAGAAGUGGAGGAUUUCUUUGAAAUUAGUGAAUCUGCUUCCAGUAAAAGAAGUGCACUUUCCAUCUUCAAAAUUGCCAGGAAACUGCUGUUCGUUUUCAGAAUUAAAGAGGACAAAGAGAGGUUUGAAAAAUUGUGUCGCUGUAUCCUGAGUAGUAUGGAUGUUGAGAAUGAGCCCAAGGUGUGGUAUGUGUCAUUAGCACUUUCUAAGGAGCUUACAUUGUUGUGGAUCAAACAAAUUAAGGACAUUUUGUGGUUUAGCUGUGAGUUUCUCAAACAGCUUAAGCCUGACAUCUUACAAGACUCUAAAUUGGUCACUUUGCACCUCACGAUGCUGAUUACCUUCACAGACACUUCCACGUGGAAAAUACUUCGGGGAAAAGGAGAAACCCUACGACCUGCCAUGAAUCACAUCUGUGCAAAUAUCAUGGGACAUCUGAAUCAGAAGGGAUUUUAUUCUGUGCUUCAGAUUUUGCUAACAAAUGGCUUGGCAAGAUCCAGACCAUCUCUGUCCAAAGGCACUUUAACUGCAAUCUUUUCUCUAGCAUUGCGCCCUGUGAUUGCUGCUCAGUUUUCUGACAAUCUCCUGAGAUCAUUUCUGAUCCAUAUCAUGUCAGUGCCUGCAAUAGUGACUCAUCUUGCUACGCUAACACCUGAGCGCCUGGCAGUGAUGGAAACCCACGACCUUUUCCGCAAAUUCAUCUUAUUUUUAAGUCGGGAUGCUCAGUGUCGAGAUGUCUGUGUGUGUUUAGAAGGAAGUCAUACCCUUUGUUUACUGGGUAACCUUGUUUACUUGGGCUCCUUGAAUGACCAAGUGCUAGAGGAGGAGACGGCGCACUUUGUGAGUGUGCUUAUUCACAUGCUGUCGUACUGCCAGAAGUAUGUGUCGCAAAAGAAAUCCAACCUCACGCACUGGCAUCCUGUUCUUGGCUGGUUCUCCCAGACUGUGGAUUAUGGGUUAAAUGAGUCCAUGCCUCUGCUCACAAAGCAGUUGCAGCAUCUCUGGGGAGUCCACCUAAUUCGCAUCCUUUUCAGCGAUGUUCUCAGCAAGAAGUUGGUGGAAAGUCAGGAGCCGACCCACCCGUCGGGACCAACUGCUUCCCCACAGAGCAGCCUUCCCAUGAAAAAUCUUUUCAAGCGAGCCUUCCAGAAGUCUGCCUCUGUUCGCAACAUCCUCAAACCAGUUGGAGGCAAGCGGGUGGAUUCAGUAGAGGUGCAGAAGGUGUGCAGCAUCUGUGUGCUGUACCAGACAACGCUGACGACUCUAACGCAGAUCCGGCUGCAGAUACUCACGGGCCUCACUUAUCUUGAUGACCUGUUGCCCAAAUUGUGGGCCUUUAUCUGUGAACUGGGACCCCAGGGUGGAUUAAAACUCUUUUUGGAAUGCUUGAAUAACGACACUGAGGAAUCCAAGAGACUGCUAGCCAUGCUGAUGCUUUUUUGUGAUUGUUCAAGACAUCUAAUCACAAUUCUCGACGACAUUGAAGUCUAUGAAGAACAAAUCUCAUUCAAGGUGGAAGAACUUGUUACCAUCUCUUCUUUCCUAAAUUCUUUUGUGUUUAAGAUGAUCUGGGAUGGAAUUGUGGAAAAUGCCAAAGGAGAGACGUUGGAGUUAUUUCAUUCUGUUCAUGGCUGGCUGAUGGUUUUGUAUGAAAGAGACUGUCGCCGGCGCUUUGCUCCUGAGGACCACUGGCUGCGAAAGGACCUCAAACCCAGUGUGCUCUUCCAAGAGCUGGACAAAGACAAGAAACGAGCUCAGCUGCUCUUGCAGUACAUCCCGCAUGUCAUCCCCCACAAGAAUAGGGUCCUUCUUUUCCGAAACAUGGUGACAAAGGAGAAAGAGAAACUUGGGCUGGUUGAAACCAGCUCUGCAUCGCCUCAUGUCACACACAUAACUAUCCGCCGCUCACGCAUGCUGGAGGAUGGAUACGAACAGCUAAGGCAGCUGUCCCAGAAUGCCAUGAAGGGAGUUAUCCGAGUGAAGUUUGUGAAUGACCUGGGUGUCGAUGAGGCUGGCAUUGAUCAAGAUGGUGUUUUCAAAGAGUUCUUGGAGGAGAUCAUAAAGAAGGUGUUUGACCCUGCACUCAACCUCUUCAAGACGACCAGUGGUGACGAGAGGCUGUAUCCAUCCCCGACAUCCUACAUCCACGAGAACUACCUCCAGCUCUUUGAGUUCGUGGGCAAAAUGCUCGGAAAGGCUGUAUAUGAGGGGAUAGUUGUGGAUGUUCCCUUUGCUUCCUUCUUCUUGAGUCAGCUGCUUGGGCACCAUCACAGUGUCUUCUACAGCUCAGUGGAUGAACUUCCGUCUCUGGACUCAGAGUUCUACAAAAACCUCACCUCGAUUAAGCGCUACGAUGGAGAUAUCAGCGACUUGGGCUUAACACUUUCCUAUGAUGAAGACGUAAUGGGUCAGCUUGUUUGCCAUGAACUUAUUCCUGGAGGGAAGACCAUUCCUGUUACCAACGAAAAUAAAAUCAGCUACAUCCACCUCAUGGCUCAUUUUCGGAUGCACACACAGAUAAAAAGUCAGACGGCUGCGCUCAUUAGUGGCUUCAGGUCGAUAAUUAAGCUUGAAUGGAUUCGGAUGUUUUCUGCACCUGAGUUACAGCGGCUCAUAUCUGGUGACAAUGCUGAAAUUGACCUAGAGGACUUAAAGAAACACACUGUGUACUACGGUGGCUUCCAUGGCAGUCACAGGGUCAUUAUCUGGCUCUGGGAUAUCCUAGCCCACGAUUUCAGCCCUGAGGAGAGAGCAAUGUUUCUAAAGUUUGUUACUAGUUGUUCCCGGCCUCCACUUCUGGGCUUUGCCUACCUCAAGCCUCCUUUCUCCAUCCGCUGUGUAGAAGUCUCAGACGAUCAGGACACGAUACACUGGGCAGCGUGCUAAGGGGCUUUUUCACCAUCCGCAAGAAGGAGCCAGGCGGUCGGCUCCCCACCUCUUCUACUUGUUUUAACCUGCUCAAGCUUCCCAACUACAGCAAGAAGAGCAUCCUGCGAGAGAAGCUGCGCUAUGCCAUCAGCAUGAACACAGGCUUUGAGCUCUCGUAGCUGCCUUCGCACAUGGGAGUUGCGAGCUAUCUCUGGAGAGACAGCCCUUCGUGCAAAGAGAGUGGGUCAGCUCCAAGGGAAAUAUGCAAACGGGACUAGAGGUUCACAGGGAGUGUGCCGAUGCUAAAGAGCCGUGGAUUUGCCUAUGCUUUCCGGCAGCACUAGGAAAAGUGCUGGGUCUAACCCUGGUGCCAUGUAAUCUGUCAUUUAAAAUCAAACCUAGGGAGAGCACUAAGAUAGCACUGAAUACCCCAGCAUGGAUCCAGCAGCCAGUGUGCCCUGAGCCCUGGUGAAGAGUCCAAGUUAGUUGCUGUCAUGUUGAGGGUUUUAUUUUCCUUUCCUAAGAAAUGGCCCAGGUUUUUCAUUGGAGGGAAGUCAUUGUCCGCAAGGUGUUGAUGGAAAUGUUACUGAAAAAUUAGGAGGCUCUGCUGCAUUGACUGUAAGUUUCAUUAGCCCAUUCACUGUGGUAAAAGCUUUGCAAGGGUGACUGUGCAUCAGGCAAGGCUGCUAUGUUCAUCUUCAGUGACAACAAACUGCUUGUCCAAGUUUAGAAGCAACAGCCAACAAUGGCAGAACAAUAAGCCCUCCAAUCUCAAACACAAUUUCCAAGUGCUGUAGAAUUGGAGCUUGCAAAACAGACACGGAGUCUGAAAGGCAGAGACAAUCGCACCUCGUUGGUUCCUAGCCAGUUCUGUGUGUUGGAGGAGAGGGACCACUUUUUGCUUUUAAGCAAAUUAGAACAAGGUUUUAACUUAAUUUUACUUUCAUCUUACAAGUGACCAGGAAGUACAUUUACACUUGUAUAGUGUUCAGCUGUGUCAGUGUCAGUAAAUGCAUCUUCCAUGUUCAACAUUAAUGCUUGGAAUGCAUCAAGCCGCCAACUGCCCAAGGUAAAACGCCUCUGCUAGGAAGUUUGUAAAAUUCAUAUUUAAGGUAUCUUCGCUCUUUCCCCUAUGGAGGUCUCUGCUUUAGGCCAUUAGUAGCCCAGACUUGGCCUCUCCAUAACCCAAUGAUGUUUGUUUGCCAAACUAUUUAUUUUUAAUAUUUUAGGCCUUAUUUUUAUUAGCUUAUGCUCACCUGCUGCAUCCAUCUUUUUUGCUGGUGGUUCUUUUUGGGGGAUGAAAGGUUUGUAUGUGCGUGUGAGAGAGAGGGAGAGUCACACAUGCUGGCCAUUUUCACUGCUCUUAAGGAUGAAAUACAGAGAUUGUCCUGUCAAACCUCUUUACGCAGCUGGCCUGCUGCUUUGCACCUCCGACAUUUUACAGCCAGAAUGAGUCCUGCUUCCAUCCAGCAAUCCUCCAUGUAAUUCUCUCUCAGGUGUCCCCUUGUGCUGCAUGGAUUUCUGGGAAGCACAAUGCGUAUUAAUGUCAGGCACAUAAUUAGUUUUAUUUAAUUUCUUCGCUCUGCCUGCUGCAACCUGCCUAAUAAAGAGAGCUCGUGCUGAGGCUGCCAGCUCUCCCGCCCCCUUCUUUUCUCCUCUUGGCAUUCAAGGGAUGUAUAUGUGAGUGUGUGUGAUUUUUAACUAGCCCUAUUCUCCACCCCACCCUAAGUGGAUCUGAAAAAAGCAUUGCUGUGCGAGUCACCCAGCAGCAGAUGCUACAAUGCAAAAGCUACCUCAUCUUCAGGAUCUUUUCAGUAGGUAUGAAUGGCAGGGAAUCCAAACCCAAACAUGUUUUGCAUAGCACAAGUCUUGGCACCAGAACUGGUCCCUAGGGAAUUGGGCAGGCCCCCGGAAGAGACAGGAAGUAGAAAGCUGACCAGAAAAUGCUCCCAGCCAGAACCACUAAAACGAGCAUCCGAACGCCCUGUCUUGUUUUCUGUUCUGUCAUUUUAAUUGAUGAUGGAUUUCAAGGAAAUAUGCCUUUUCUCCUGGACACCUAAUGCUGGAAAAUGCAUCUCAAAUCCUCCCAUGUUAGGGACCUUUUGCUGUGUGAACUCUAUGCCGUAGGAAUGAACUGAUCUGUUAGUGAAAGAACAAAUGUCUACUAAGUUGAGUGAAUGUGGAGAAUUUAGAGAGAAGAGUAAGCACUGUUUUUGAUUUUGCGUAAGUGAACAUUUAACACUUGUUAACCAUUUCAUGAUCUAAUAGACUGAAAGCACCUGACACUGACCUGUAACAGUUUACUGUAGUUUAAGAUAUGACAAAAUAUCUUUUUUCUUAGAUAAACACAGUGUCCUGUUAGAUCACAAGCCUGAAAUUGUUUAUUAACAAAUCUCUGCUCCCCUUUAAGUUUCCUUUAAUGGUUUGGAAAUAUUGCACUAUAUGAGACACUAAAUCUAUAAUUUUGUAGCUAGUGCAUCAACUGUGAUUGUGUAAUUAACUACACACACCCUGAUGGCUAUAUGGACAAGACUAUUUCUCCUAAGUAACUAAUUUCUCUAUGACUUUGAGAGGCUUUGUUACAUUUGUAUUACAUUGAGCAGAAGGCUAUAAACCUGUGACAAGCUCUGCCCCGGGUGUCUGUACUUUGCAUGUAUGUUCUGGGUGGGGAGGGAAAAGUUUUUUGCUAUAGAUUAAUGAAUUUAUUUUUUCUAUAGAUAAGACUUGAUAGUCCUGAGAUUCGGGCAUAUCCUAUGUGUCAAAAAUUCAGAAAAAUAUUAAAUAAACGUGACGGGUUGAAUAAGA